CACACACACACCCCCAGGGCCUGUCGGGCCACCACACACCCUUACUGCCGGCCUCUGGGUCCCUGAGACCCUUUAACCUGUGAGGACGUCCAGGAUCACAGGUGAGGUUCUUGGGAGCCUGGCAUCCGGCCCUACCGCACAGCGUGGAGGCUGAGGGCCCGACACCUGACCCCUGACCCCUCUCUCCUCCUCCUGCCUCCCUCCAACCCCAAGCCUGACAUCUGACCUGCCAGAGGAAUCUGGCCUCUGACCUCAGACCACAGGCCCCUCCCUCCCCUGUCCCACAGUGACCUCACAAAGGUCAGCCGCUGCUUGUCUUUCUCCCCCCACUCCCCUCCACACAGCCCCAGCCCCUCUGCGAUGGCCCCGCCGGCUGCCCUGGUGGCCCUCUCGGCCUUCGCGGGGGCCCCGGCCUGGGCCUGUCUCCUCUGCUUCACAUCCUACAGCGAGCGCCACCGCAUCUGCCAGAUCUUCGUGGGGGUGGAGGGCCCGAGAGUGCAGAAGUGUGAGGAGGCCUUCUCCGACGCGUUUAAGGGCCUCCAGGACGCUGAGAUCAAUUACGAUGAGAGAGGCCACCUGCAUGACUCCUUCUCCCAGAUCACCUUCUCCCUCCAGGAGAUAGCCACCGCUCGGGGGUCCUAUUUGGUUGCCUUCCCUUACGCUGCAAAGAAAAUGCAGGAGGUCAUUGCACAGCUUAAAAAAGUUCCGGCCUGCGUCCCUCCCUGCGGGUUCCAGGAGCUGUCCCGGCGUUUCCUCUGCCUCGGGUGCUACUCCAAGGUCUGCGACCUCCCGCUGGACUGCCCAAUUCAGGACGUGACGGUGCGACGGGGCGAUCAGGCCUUGUUCUCCUGCACCGUGGACUUCCAGCUGCCCAAAGAGGAGAUCACCUACUCCUGGAAGUUCGCGGAAGGAGGUCUGCGGACGCGGGACACGUCCUUCUUCCGAGAGAUGCCCCGGGCCCGCGGGUACCUGGCGCGGAUCCGGCCCGUGCAGCCCACGCACAGCGGCACCUUCUCCUGCGUGAUCACCCACGACCAGCUCCCCCUGGCGCGCCUCUACUUCUUCCUCAACGUGACCGGCCCUCCCCCGCGCGGGGAGACGGAGCUCCAGGGCACCUUCCGGGAGGUGGUUCGCUGGGCCCCGCGGGAGGAGGAGGGGGUCGAACCCUGGAAGCCCGGGCUGGGCGAGCUGCUGGCCGAGCCUGGGGCUCUGACGUCCGGCAACCUGUUCCUGCUCGCGGCCGCCGCAGCCUUGGCCUCCGCCGGGGUGACCCUGCUGGCCUGGGCGUUCUUUCUAUGGUACUUCAGUGGCAACUAACCCAGGUAUCUUUCUGUUCCUUAUCCUAUUUCCGUUCCUAAAAUAAAGAAUAUAUUUCACCUCUA